GUAUGUAUGUAUUUAUUUAUUUAUUUGAAUGUGAUUGUGUUGUGUAAACAUUUUGUACACAGGUCUGUGUCGAUGUACUCAGGUCAUGCUCCAGUCUAACGUUUGGAAGAAGGGUCUUAAUUUGUUUAACAAAGCUAUACAGGUAUAAAACAAGAAGAGCACAGACUGUUAACUUCACUGCACUGGUUUUGUUGCUUGAAGACAACCCAUGAUUAAUAAAUUAUUUUCAUUUUUCGUUUCCAUUUUUCAUUCACUUUUCCCGUCCAGUGAUCUGUGUCUAUUUUAUACGCGGUGGUUGCACCAAAAAAAAGUUGGAAAUGUGGGUGGCCUCCGGGGGGCGCUGAUGACUCGCUCAUGUUGCUCAAACAACUUCUGUUAUUGGAGAGAAGAAGUAUGUACAAUUGAGAAGGGGUGACAAAUACAGAGGAAGUCCGUGACGAAAGUGUUUACGAUGAGUGGAGCUGAACACGGACACUGAGAAGUAUGGAUGUGAUCAGACGCGGCGUUGUGGGUAAACCUGUGUUGAUGGUGUGCAGGUCUGCUUGGAGGAGAUGUUUGCAAAGCAACCCCACAAAUGUAGCUAUGUUCACCACAAAUCAGAGAAAGCACCUUGUUAAAUUAAACACAAUGUUAGCACGUUCAGCUCAGAGUGCAGAGACUACAUAUGGAAGUAUGAAGUCACUGCAGUCAUUUUCACCAAACAGAACUUUCUCAGUGAGUCUUUGCAAAUACAAGAACAAAAACAGCAACUCCAGUCAUGAAAGUGUGGUUGAUGAUGGAGACAGCGAAGAGGAUUUCAUUGGAGACACAGAAGUUGAGGAAUUGUUUCAGCAGCAGAUUCCCACAGGUAUAGGUGAGGAGGACCACAGGGUCUUCAUUGUUCAUCCUGAUGUCAAAUGGGGACAAAAAAAGCAAUACUUGACCACAGCUGAUCUCCAAAUGGAAGAAGCUGUUGGUCUGGUGAAGACAUUAGAGAACUGGACUGUCAUUGACAAGAUCAUCCUCUCUACCAAAACGCCAGAAAAGAAGAGGAUUUUCGGCAAAGGAAAUUUCCAGGCUCUCACCGAGAAGAUCAGAAGGACACCUGGUGUUACGGCUGUUUUCAUGAACAUUGAGCGUUUGUCACCAUUGUCUGAGAGGGAUCUGCAGGAGGUCUGGGGUGUGAAGGUUUUUGACAGAUACUCGCUAGUUCUGCACAUUUUUCGCCGUAAUGCCAGAACGAAAGAGGCCAAACUGCAGAUCUCACUGGCUGAGAUUCCUCUGCUCAAGUCACGACUGAAGAAUGAAGUUGCAAACUUGGACCAGCAAGGUGGAGGUUCACGGUACAUCAUGGGUUCAGGUGAAACUCUGUAUGAGGUUCAGCAGAGGCUGCUGAAGGAGCGUGAACUAAAGAUUCGCUCUGCUCUUCAACGACUGAGGAAGAAGAGACACCUGCUCCGCUCCCAGCGCAAGAACAAAGACUUUCCCAUCAUCUCGGUCAUGGGCUACACUAACUGCGGUAAGACUACGCUAAUCAAAGCUUUGACCGGUGAUGCUGGACUCCAACCUAAAGAUCAACUCUUUGCUACUCUGGAUGUUACGGUACAUGCAGGGUGGCUGCCAAGUCAUAUGACUGUACUUUAUGUGGACACAAUUGGCUUCCUGUCCCAGCUGCCUCACCAGCUCAUAGACUCCUUUUCCGCAACGCUGGAAGACGUGGCACACUCUGAUCUCAUUGUUCACGUGAGGGACAUUAGUCACCCAGAGACCGUGAUUCAAAAAGUAAACGUACUAAACAUUUUAAAGAAUCUUCAGAUCCCAGAGAAACUCAUGAACUCCAUCAUAGAGGUGCACAAUAAAAUUGACCUUGUUGAAGGCUAUGAAUCAAGCGAGCCUGAAACUUUGCCUAUAUCAGCAUUAAAAGAGGUAGGAUUGGAGGAGCUAAAGCAGAGAGUGGAAGAAGCUGUUGUGAAGUCAACUGGGAAACAAAUCAUGACUCUGAAAGUUCAGCUCAACAGUCCACAGUUAGGUUGGUUGUAUAAGGAAGCCACUGUUCAGGAGGUGCAUGAUGGGGGAGACGACUGUACCGCCAGUGUCAAGGAGUGUUUUAACACAGCAAAAGGAAAACGAUACAGUGAUGUCCCUCAAUGCACAGCUUCAUCUAGAAAGCCUUGGGCAACUUCAGUCUUCUAGAAUAACUCAAGGCUCCAAUGAUUCCUUCAUCAAAAUUAAAAGAAG